CAUAUAUUACAUUACCAAACGCAAGAUUUUGAAAUCCAUAUAUAUUGCAGUCGCACAAAGUCACAAACCAAACAACCAUCGAUUACAUUACGAAAAGCAGCUCAAAGAAAUUUUUAUCAUGGAAGUUAUAAACCAAGAUCAUGUUGAUUCUUAUUCACUUCAUAAUUACUCAAUCGAUCAUAUCCGUGAUGAAAAUCUGAAAAGUUUGACAGUACGCAAGAAAUUAUACCUCGUUCUUAAUCUAGAUAACAUACUUCUUCAUUCAAAAGAGACCAAAGAUUUAAGCUCUUUUGAUCAAAAUUACUUACAACGUAAUGAAUGUCAAAGGUGGUUAAUGGAAGGAAAACUUUAUAGAUGGACACAGGGAAAACAAUGGAACGGAAAAUACUGGGUGACCAAAUUAAGGCCAUAUGUUCAAACCUUCCUUCAAGAAGCAAACAAAUUGUUCGAUUUCUCGAUAUUCACACUAGGAGAUCGGGUAUAUGCAAGGAAGAUGCUUGACAUUCUUGAUCCUAAGGGGUUGUAUUUUGCACAUUCGCAAGUGCUUACGAGUGAAGAUUGUGUGUCGCCAUUGAAUAAAGGACUAGAUCUUGUAUUAUCACAUGAAAGGGUUGUCUUGAUAGUUGAUAAUACAAAAGAUGUUUGGGACAAUAAUACUAAAAGUGUGAUUGAAAUUCCAUCAUACAACUUUUUUGAAGACAUAUCAUCAGAUACCAAAUCUUUGUCGAGGCGUUGGAUAGAUGAAAGUGAAAAGUACGGAGAAUUAGCGAGACUCUUGAGAAACUUAAAGAAGAUUCAUGCUGAGUUCUACCGCGAGGACAAGGAAGGACGUCGAGAGGUAAAGGAUGCUAUUGCUGAAGUAAAGAGACAAUCGAUCGGGUUUAAGUUUGAUAAAAACCUCAAAGUUGAAGUUCGAAUGGAGUUAGAACUAUAUAAUUGGGGUUGUAAAUAAAGAUAUUCGCCAAAAGUAUUUUGUUGCUCUUAAUUUAGUUCUAAAGUAGUUUUUACUCACCUAGGAUGCAAUAGUAAAUCUUUAAUUUAGUUUAAUUAUAAUUUGUUUUAUUGUUGAGUAAUCUAUCUUGGAGAAAAGAUAGGUAUAACAUUAGUUAGUUAAGUUUUUAUUUUGGUAAGUAAAAUCUUGAGUACUGAUAGUAUUGUGUUCUUUUUAAAUAUUUGAUAUUAAAUUUUUUAUAAUUUAAUGCUAUUACAGAUUUUUAAAAACC